CAGUAAGCAAAAAAACAAUUAAAAAGCACGCGCCUGUCAAUCAAAAUUGAAUGGGUUAGAAUAGAUUUUUUCAUAAUAUUGCAAUUGAAAAAAACAAAUUUGAAAGUCUCUGUCCAACUUAAGACCAAAAGUUAUGUACUAUACUUAAAUUAUUACAAAUAAAUAACGGCACCGUUUUUCAAGUUGCUAAGACGACCAGGUUAUUUACCAAUAGGUGUAAAAGUAAUUUAUUACCUGUCCAAAAGCUCCCCACUUAUGGUUAAAUGUAAUGGGAAUUAAACUUUACCUCUGUAGUGCAUGCACAUGAAUAUCAACAAUGUGAAUAAGGAAUGUGAAUGGAAUUUAAAUGUCAGCCUUCAAGAAGGAAUUUUCAUAUGAGAAAUGUAUUUGCAGUCUUUUUAGGCAAUUGUAAAGACUAGUCAGUAUGCCAGCAAGCAAAGAUCCUAAAUCUUAUGUCCGGCCAGUCCCCUUGCCCGUCCCAUCAUGCAAGGGGGUUAAAUUACUGGCUAGAGAUAAGUUAAAUUUCAAUCUAGAGAGCCCAUCACGAGAGGAAGUGUUCAUAAGUAAUUACUUCCGUCGUCAGAAUCAGUUAUCUAACAUGGGCUUCCGAUCAGCGAGUCACAAACCUUACAUGGGAAUAGGCGAUCCUUUCUACCUCGAUGAGAAAAAGAUGAUAUUGCAUGCACUUGGCCAGUGGACUGAGGAACAUGCAAGUUCAUCCAGCAGUUCUGAUGAGUCCGAUGAAGAGGAAGAAAAGAAAGAUACAGCACCUAAACCUGCUUUCACUGCAGCAAAGUUUGUAUUACGGAGAUCAAGGAAAGAUUUAAAUACUCUCAACAAGGCUGUUGUACAUGGAAGGAACAUGAUCAGAAAUGUGAGCCUCGGACAUGGUCUGUUUGAUUUGAUAGACAAAGAGAAACAGCAUAAAAAAGAAGCAUCUGAGGAGGCUAUAAGAAAACGUCGAGAACAGUUACGCAAUGAAUUUCAGCCACCAAAAACGGAGAGCGACGAUGAUACGGAUGAUGAUAUGAACAGUGAUGUGGAUCUAGCAAACUAUAUGGUACCGGUGGCGCCCCCUACAUUCUUAACACAGCAGCAGAUGGACACAGAUGAAGAGCUGGGUAUUGUAAAUGAUAAUGGGUCUGAGUCUGACCAAAGUCCAGAACGUGAGCCAGAAAUCAUUACAUUUUCUGGAAUGGCACUUGCUGAACAUGAGGAGGAAUAUCAGCGUGCUCGCUCUGCCAUGGUGACAUCAGAGAUGACAUCAUACUCCCGCCCUGUCAGCAGACGUAAAAAGAAGCAAGAGACUCCACGCCCUUAUACGCCGCAGCAUACGAAUCUGUCCGCAAAUAUAUCAAUGCGUGAAUCUGUAGCCGACAGCGAGCCAGAUUUGGAUAUCACUAGGGAUGCAUUGUUUCGACAACUGUGUGUUUUACAUUGGAUUUUGGAAGCUAUGAGCACAGACCCCCCAUCACCGAUGACACCUAUAAUGUCCUGCUGGAGUUUAACAGAUAUAGGAGGCUCCCGGGCUCAACCCAAAAAACUGAUGCGUGACAAAGCAACUGAAAGUGGCUGGGUAAACUUUCUCAGUAAGGACAAUACUAAGAAAGUUAAUAUAUCUCCAAAAGUGACUGUAGCAAAUGCAAAUAGUAGUUCGAAAAAGAGAUAUACCAUGGCAGAGGUUAGUAAACGACUCAGUACAACUCAAAGAUUGUUGAUGAACCGUCGACGUCCUGUAAUGCAUACAGCUGGCCGCAACUCGGCGCAAUCCUCGGCCACUGGGAGCGUGCAAGGAAGUAACACAGAAAGAGGUCCAUCUCCUUUUGGCCAUGGUUCCAAUAAGAUUCCAAUGAAACUUGCCUCAUUGUUAAAACCUAAGAUAAAUACAGAGCGAGCAAUAUCCCCGUCUCCAGAAAUAGUUGAACCAUCUAUAGCAGAAGGACGCACUACCCCGUCUGCAGCGGCCCCAAAUUUAGCGUCGCUUUUAAAACCCAAACUUUUGGAACAAUCACCAAGUUCACCUACCUCACCUAAUAUGUUGAUGAAACGGAAAUCUGUUGAUUGGUCAAGUCAAGCUGUUUCUAAAUGUGCCGAGAAACAAGAAUCGAGCCCAAAUUCAAAAUUUAACGGGGCGUUACUUAAAAAUAAAAAUACUGAAGGAUCUCGUUCUAAGUCUCCCACACCCCCGAACAUUCAUCACCCUAUGAAAUCAAAAGGCGAUUCUCAUUCUACAUCUAAUAAUACCGCCAAAAUGGCCGCCCAACGGUCCCCAUCCCCGUCCAGAAUGAAACCAGCGUUAGGAGGAGCCGCAUGCCUUGGUCAGUUCUUGGAACUGAAAAUGAGGGGAGGUUUAAACACACUGACCAAUCAGAUGUCAAUGCUAGGUGCACGUAACCGUGAAGAUGACUUAUCACCAAGGCCAGAAGAUGAAGAAGAUCAAAUGUAUAACAAAAGCAUUUUCAAAUUUCUAGAUGAAUAUUAUGAAAGUUUGAAGACAGAGGAGGAAGCCAAGAAGAAAAAUGAAUUAGAUAACAAGUCCCCAUCUAGUACCCCACCCACCACACCUGUACCAGAGAAAAAAGUAAAAGAUAAAAGUCCUAAGAGAAAAAAGAAGAAAGACGGCAAUGAGAAACGCCUUGAUCACAAGGUUGCAGUGGCACUUGGAGAAGAGGAGAAAAUGACAUCAAGAUACUUACGGGCAAAUGCUCAUAUGAUAAGACCUAAAAGUUCUCCUGCUUUGCAAGAUUUUCAAGCUGGGUUGCCUAGCAGCAAGAAGAUCAGUCUAUGUGCAGAUUUACAUAAUCAGUUUGCUGAAUGUAGGGAAGAAAAGGCAUUAACUUUACAUGAUAUACUUGAUCAUAAAGAAAGUCAACGUUUGUUGGUGUGUAAGAGUAAAUUUGUCAGUUUACAAGGUAUGAAGAGACAUGGCAGUAGUUUUCAUCGUGCUGUAGAGCAAAUGCGGACACAGAGCUGGCAACAGUUACGUAAACCAGUCAAUGAUCGGAAAAAAUCAGUAGCAAAGGGAAAUUGGUACACAGACCUGCUUGAGAAGAUACCAUUAGAGCUGAAGCAGGAAUGGUUUUAUUCCAAAAUACUUCAAAAACUCGGCAACUUUGGAUUGCCAUUCCGGCACCGAAAAGGAAGCUCAUUUGAAAAGGCGCUGGUGGAAGGUACAGGAAAACAAAGCAUUUAUAAAUUUAUCAAAGUACUGGAAGGACUACGAGAAUGGGAGAUUUGUUGCCCGGAUAUAACAGCGGCUGUUGAAUUUUGCCGUGAACGUAUCGUUGAAAUGACAGUGGACGAGUAUGAGUCAUGGUUUACUCAAAGGUUUCCGAAAGUAACGCGGCCCCAGACGGCUCCACCCGCUACAAAAUCCGAGAAAAAAGACACGAGGCUCGGAUCUGGGCUAUCGUCGGCUCGUAAAGUGGUUGUUAAGCGGCCUACCCAGUCAGCAUUUACUAGAAGGGUUCAGCAUUAAGAUUUAAUAAUAUAAGUUUUAUACGUAAAUGUUUAUUUUUUUGUUACAUAAUGCAAGAAAUCAAAAUAAGUAUAUAUUUUUCUAAAUACUGUCAAAUUUGUAAGCUUUGAACUUUUAAAGUUACAAUAAUCCAAAAUGUUUAUUUGCUUCUCCUUCUCCUUUCUUACAAAAAAACCUAUUUUACUUAGGAACUAACUUUUUUUUUUCACUCGCAAAUUUUGUUUUAAGAAUUUGCAUCAGUAUAUAUCCAUAGUGUAUAUAUAUUUAUAUACCAAUAAUAUAUAAAGUACGGUAUGAGUGAAAAAUACUUUUACUUGAGGGUAUGAAUUAUUAUCAAAAAAUUAUAUACAUGUAGUUGUUACAUAAUUAUUAUGGUAAAACAAAGAAUUAAAGAAUAAAAGAAUAACAUGUUUGUACAAGGUGCAGUGAUGUUUAUCAUUAUGAAUGUGAUAAUUAAUGUGAGGAAGAGUAAAUGGAACCGUACCGGGAAAAAAAGUUAUGAAAAUAGAGAAGUAACAUGAGCUCGAUUUUUUUUUUUAAAUGCAUAAAAAUGUUUUAUUCAAUUUACCUUGGUCUUUAUGUUAACUUGAUGCAAAUAAUCAUGUGAUUUUAGGUUUAUUUGUCUGUUUUUUUUUGUUUGUUUUUUUUUAAAGGCACAUUAUAGGUAUGAAUGUAGAAUGUAUUUUACAUUUUUUAAACGCCUUUUAUAAUUUUGGUUGCCCUGUUAUAGUUUCUAUAACAGAUCUCAUUGGCUCUAGAUCUAUGUCAGCUUUUGCUUUCUUUUCUGUUUGGCAACUAAGUAGAGUUGAAGUGAAAUAGAAUUUUGAAUGAAUUUCAAAAAACUACUUUGUUUAUAUUUGCAAUAUUGAUGACAAAUUAUUUAACUUGCAGCACUGCUCUCUCUCUUCAGGUGAUAAAUUGCAAACAUGCUUUAAAUCCAUUCUUACAAUAUUACAAAACAAAAUUCCCCCUUUUUCAGUAAACAAUAAAUCUAUUCAUUUCUGAACAAUAAUGUGCCUUUAAUUAAUAUUUAUGCUUCAGAAUGUAACUUUAAAUGUGACUUUGAUAAACAUGUGAUACACAUGAACUGUAUAUUCUGAAUACAUAACGGUAGUGCAUGAUGAAUCAUUUUUUGUUCAAUUUAUUACAAACUAGAGAAAUUCCUAAGGACUUACUUUGACCAAAAUCAAAUAUCAAAAUUGUUUCAAUUAGAUCUAUGUUUGUAUUUUCUUAUGUCUGUUUUUUGUUUGUUGUUUGUUUGUUUUUCACUGAUUGAACACGAUUGUGUGUUGAUUUUGAUAUGAGAUAUUAUUGUUGCUGCUGUUGUUGUUGUUGCAUUUCUAUUACCAUGGUAACUGUGAUAUUGAUGAGAUGUUAGUGCUACAUGUACAAAGAAAUGAAAUUCUGAGGGUUUUUUGUUUUUGUUUUUUUAAUUAUCUUAAUUACAUUUGAUAAGGUUAAAACCCUAGGGUUUGUUCCAGGAAACUUCUAUUUUGCAUUAAGUACAUGAUGAUUGACUUAAUUUGGGGGACACAUGACACAUUUUGGGCAAUAUUGGAACAAGCAACAAGGUCAUAUAUCACACAUUUACUUUGACCUUUGACCUUGAUAUGUUCAUAUGUGUUUUUGUUGUGUUUUUAUUGAUAAAUUAAUUAUUGUGAUGGUAUGUCUAAUUUGUUGCUGUUUUGUUUUUGUUGUUGUUCUUUUUAUUUAAAUGAUUAUUAUUUCUUUAAUUUAUGUUAAAGGGAAUGUGGCUUUGUUGUUUCUGUCUGGAAGACUGUAAAUGGAAGAAUAAUAUAGAGUUUCAGUGCCUUGUACAAUAUAGGUUUACAACCACAUGCUGGUCCAGUAGAAUUCAGUAUUGUACUCAAAAAAAUAUAAUGACCAUCAGUUUUUUAACAUUCUGACAAAACUUUGUUUAUAUUGGAAAAAAACAACAACAACAAAACAUAAUUUGAGCCACGUCAUGACAAAACCAACAUAAUGGGUUUGCGAUCAGCAUGGAUCCAGUCCAGCCUGCACAUCCGCGCAGUCUGAUCAGGAUCCAUGCUGUGCGCUUACAAACUUUAUUGCAAGUAGAGAAACUGAUAGCUAACAGCAUGGAUCCUGAUCAGACUGUGCGGAUGCUGGUCGCAAACCCAUUAUGUUGGUUUUGUCAUGACGCGGCUCAUUUUGUGUUCCAGACAACAUCCAUCUACAGUUAUUAGGUGCUUGAUUAUAAACAAUUCUAUAAAAGGUUCCAAAAUAAUAUGUAAGAGUAAUAGUGAUUUGAGAAAAAGUAAUUUUGAGUACAAUAUGAAUUUGAUAUGGAUUUUUGGACUCAUAUAAACCAGGCUGAAUGGAUCAGAUUAAAUCCAAUUAUAAUUCAUUUUGGAAGAUUACAUAUUGCAGAAACUGGAAUUCAUUUGUUACAUUUUAUAAGAAGUGAAAAAAUAUUGAGUACAUGUAUAUAUCAUGCAAAGAUUUAUACAAAAAAAAAUUAAUAUCUAAAUUGAAAAGAUGAUGUUUGUAAAUUGAAGGCUUAGUGCCAAAUGGUUGUAACUCAUACAACAUAAAGGAGUUACAACUGUUCUGCACAAAGUUUUUUUUUAAAUGUGUGAAAUCACUAUUAAAUGCCGGUAUAGUAUUAUAGAUGUAGUAUUUUGUAAGUAAAUGUUUUGUUCUAUAAUCUAUAAAUGUUUGUUAAAUUUAAGAGAUAUACAUGUACUUUGUAAAUGAAAAUAACAAGAUUAACAGUUUAUGAAGUUUUUGUUGCAUAUUUAGCAAUUUUUAUUGCUUUAUGCCUUUUAUAGGUCUCAGGUAUGGUUUGUUAUGUUUAAGGUUAAAGGUAUUUUCAGCCUUUUUGCAGAGAAUCAAAACUUAUAAAUGUUAUAAUUAUCCUCUUGUUUUACAUAAAUUAUAUUUCUUUUGUAAUGUUUUGAAGAUUUUUUCUUGAAUAUUGAAAAAACAAAAAUAAUUUGUUUCAAAAUGGUAAUUGGUAAGUGAUUAAGAAUUCACUUUUCUGUACCGAAUUUUGGUUUUGAUUUUUAUAAAAUGCCAAAGAAAAAUUCUCAUGGAUUUGUAUGUUAUAUUUAUAGUAAAGAAAAAAGAUUUAAUGGUACAAACGUUUUUAAUUUCAACAAGACUUGAACAUUUUUAGAAUAUCAAACUAUUUUAUAAUUUGCAGUUUCAUGAAUAUUCAAUCAAAAUUUCCUAUGUGAAAACUGAACAAUAUUAUGACAGAAACAUUAAUAUUUUAAAGAGGAAAAAAUAUGUGUCAGUGAGCUUGUUUUUGAGUUAUCUGCCCUUGAAUUUGAAAACGUUGCUGUGGAACUGCUCCAUAUUGAUGACUGAUUACUGUAAAGUAUAGUUUUGUAUCUAUAUAAAACGUAUACUGAAAUCAAUAGCCACCAAAAAAUUUAAAAAAAACAACAAGAAAACAGGGAAAAGUCACACAUUUAGAAGUAUAUACUAAUAUAUAAGCAUUAUUUGUUAAAAACUAGACUGUUAUAUCUUCUAAACUUUCUAGAAUGUUAUCUAGUGACAUUACUGCAAAUUUCAUAAUGCCAGUACAUGCAGCAGUAUUAACUUUUGUGGAAAUUAUAUAUGUGUUGUGAAAAGAAAAUGGGAAUUAAAUCUGCAUGCCUCCAGGUGAGCCAAAAUGUUUCAAGAAAAUCAAACUUGAGAAAAAUUUACAUUGCUUUAAAGAAAAGUAAAAAAAAGAUUCAAAAUUCUUGUAAUGAUUUAUAUGUUAUAUGUGAUUAUUAACUUAUUUUGUAGUAUUUUGUAGUCUACUGAGUUACUAAUGCAGUAAGACCUCUUUUUGGUAAUUUACGUGGAUUGUAAAUGCCUUUUGCGAUGUGAAAAUUACUUUCUUUGUGACCGCCUCCAUGGUCAAGGGGUUAGAGUCGAUGACUUCUAAUCCAAUUACCUCUCCAGUGGGUUCGAUCUGCGGGAGAUGCUUUGGUAGUUUAGCGCGGAAGGAAGGUUGUCUAGUACUGCUGUAACUCUCCAGGAACGAUGGUUAGGAAACUACCCGCCUAUAUGACUGAAAUACUGUUGGGAAAAGGCGUGAAAUGAAACAAACAAUCAAGUCACAAUAUUUUACUUUUAAAAACAUUUGAAAUUUUUAUGAAAAUAGGCAUGAAUCUGGAGGCAUGCUGCUUUAAUAUAUGAUCUACCUACUACAUGUACAUAUACAUUGAGUGCUAUUAGUUAAACUUAUGUAAAUUAUUGUACAUUUCUUAGUCUUAGAUUAUAUGUUUUAAAGAUACUUAUUACAUAGAAUAUUUAAAAUAAAUGUAUCUAUACAUGGUACCAAUUGUUUAUACAUGUACAUGUAUAUUUAAUGUAUAUUAUAAAUUAUAAAAGAUAUAUAAUAAAUAUAUAAAUUUGAUGAAGUAUUUACAUUAAAAUUUAUUUAUGAUACAAAAUGUAUUUUCUACCGUGCCUUAUUAAAGGUGAUC